AAAAACCCUCAGACUGUGACAACACGUCUGUCAUCCGCAAAGUGCGUCACACACAAAAUAUGAACAUGUUCUGCAGGAUACUAAAUUAUAGCUACAUGAUACAGAAUUAUAGUAUACUAUUAAGUUAAAAAAUUAUUUCUCUUUCUUUGUUCUUCUACUUUGCAUUUACGAAGAUGAGAAUAAUCUCAAUAAUCUCAUAAAAUAUAUAUUUUUAAAAUAGUCUUUAUUUGUAAUUUAAACCCAGUGAUCAACUGCAUGGGGUUACAUGAUGUUUUUAUCUGGUUUGAAGUUUGGGUUUAACAAGAGGGUGAGUAACACACCGUCAAUACACUUAGCAACUUUACACUGCCAUCUAGUGGUCUUUUGUUGCUAAAUUCAGUCCACCAUGCAAACUACAGCCUGUCAAUGUUUUACAUACAGUAUUUCAGAGAUUAUGUUAAAGAAUUACCACAAUUUAAGGACAGGCAAACCUAACAAGAGCAGGAGUUUGUUAAAAUAUUCUAAAACUAAAGGCCAUCCAUGUGCGUUCAUACCAGAGUUGUAAUCUGUUUUUUUGGUGACUAAUUGUCCUUGAAUUUUGGCAUAUCACUCUUAUAGUGUUUACUCCAGCAUUUGGCAGUAUGUGAUGCGACGUUACAGGAAAGUAUUGACACAAAUUUGUUCUACUAUUUGAAAAAUAAUACAUGGAACUACAUGUUGGUAGAUUUGGGUUUCUGCUGUGUCUACCUGCAGCCUCUCGCUUCAUUUAAGUGCUGUACAGUUUGUGUCCACAAUUAACCAUCUAAACAGCUAUUGGAAAGUAAUUCCCGAGAAUGAAAGUAAAGAGGAUGCAGCCUAUGAGCGUCCAGGAAGCAAUAGCCUAAUCGUGUGAAUGAAAAUAACCCAAGUCCUUGCUAAUCCCUGCCCAUCCUUUUUAUCUCAGGAUUCAGACCAGCCGGAGCAGAAUGGAGCUGUGAGCCUGACCACCACCACCAUGCAUCCGAUGUCCCGUUAGAAUGAGCUGUAGCGCCUAUUUUUUACAAGUAGUUUAGCUGCAUAGCGUGUAGUAGCUUGUAGGAGAAAAAAUGAGUCGACAUUUUACUGCUGCUUUUUUUUUGGCUUUAUUUUUUCUUCCUCUGCUGAGCAGUUCGUGUCCUGCACAAUGCAGCUGCUUCUUCCACAAAUUAAGCGACGGAUCAAAAGCAAGGAGUGUACUUUGCAAUGAUCCGGAGAUCAGUGUGGUUCCUCCAAAUUUUCCAGUUGACACAUCGAAGCUACGCAUUGAAAAGACAGCAAUCACGCAGAUUUUAAGUGACAACUUCCAUUACCUCAACAACCUGGAGUUUCUGUGGAUGUCUUUCAAUUCACUGAAUUCACUGAAUGUUGACAGUUUCCGGGGUCUUUCCAACCUGGAUGAGCUCCGGCUGGAAGGGAACUCCCUCACCUCCUUUCCCUGGGAGUCUCUGACUGACAUGCCAAGCCUGAGGCUUCUCGACCUACACAACAACAAGAUCUCCACCAUCCCUGCUGAAGCCACCAUGUACAUUAAGAAUAUAACCUAUCUGGACUUAUCCAGCAACAGUCUGACUACCAUACCUGCAGACGUUCUAACAAUGUGGCUCAGUGUGAAACUUUCCCAGGACACCGAUUCCAAACUAAUUCUCGGUCUUCAUGACAACCCGUGGCUUUGUGACUGCCGGCUGUACGAUCUGGUCCAGUUUCAGAAAUCCCCAUCCUCAUCUGUGGCUCUCAUUGACACCAGGCUGAGGUGCGCUGAUCCAGAAAGCUUGUCAGGAGUUCUUUUUACUGAAGCGGAGCUGCAGAGGUGCCAGGGUCCUCGGGUGCACACGGCCGUGGCUCGUGUGAGAAGCUCACUGGGCAACAAUGUCCUGCUGCGUUGUGGCACAGUUGGAGUCCCUAUCCCCGAGCUGUCCUGGAGUCGCGCUGAUGGCAAGAAAAUGAACGGCACCAUUCAGGAAGAGAUUUCAAAGGAGGGCAUCAUUUGGUCAAUUCUGAGUGUGCCUGCGGUCGCCUACCGAGAUUCUGGGAAAUAUGUGUGCAAAGCAACCAACUUUGUGGGCACUGCUGACGCAAUCAUCUCUUUGGUGAUCACAGAUUCCUUUCGGUCAGAGGAAACAGGUGGCAGUGUUUCUAAGAGAACCAGAGGGAAGAAACCUGGUGGCAUUGGUAGAGCGGCAUACCAGGAAAAACUUAUUGCCAGAUAUGUUCCUCCACCAACCAGUGCUGCUGCCCGCCCCAUCAUCGAACCUCUCAAUGGCAAAGGCGUAACCGGCAAGUAUGAGAUAGAGAGCUACAGCAUCUCCGAUGGUGCUUCUCAGGGACGAGGCAAGGCGUCAGACCCUCAGAAGCCGGUGGAGGUGGAACAGGAUGCUCUGAGUAAUUUAGCAGCAAAUGCCUCAUCCUUGCAGCAAGCUCCGGAGAAAAGGAUAGUGCGUUCGGUGAAGGUGAUUGGUGACACUGACCAUACUGUCUCUCUCAACUGGCGAGCCCCUACAGCCACAAACACCACAGAAUUCAGUGUUCUAUACGCUAUAUUUGGUGAGAGAGACAUGCGCCGGAUCAAUGUAGGCGCUGGAAAGAACCGGAUCACAAUUGACGGCCUUGUGCCAAAGACAAAGUACAUUGCUUGUGUUUGCGUCAAGGGCCUGAUCCCGAAAAAGGAGCAGUGUGUGAUCUUCUCAACAGAUGAGGCGGCCAGUGCCAGUGGUACUCAGAAGCUUAUUAAUGUGGUGGUGAUAACUGUGGCGUGUGUGAUUGCUGUCCCCCUGACACUGAUCGUGUGCUGCGGGGCGCUAAAGAAGCGCUGCCAAAAGCUACUGGGGCGGCAGUCCAAGGAAAUGCAGGACUCGUAUGUCACGUUUGAGACCCUCGCCCCCGGGACAAAAACUAAAGGGAUGGAGGGUGAGUAUCUGACCAGGCUAAAUCCUGAUGAAUCCAACAGGCUGCUCUCAGCGAGGUCCAGUGUUGACUCAGAGGCCAUAGCCAGGACUGAGGGGCCACCUAAUGAGUACUUCUGCUAAAACCAAACAUAUACCACAACCUCCAGAGGAUGCACUUUGUUUUCUAACAGCCUGUGAUGUGAAUAGAUAAACCACUGUGCUCAGAGACUCAAAAGAGUCAAACUAUUCCCUUUUAGGGAUCUUCAGAGGACACCGAUUGCUCUGUCAGCAUUGGAUGUAUGAAAUUGUUUUACAGCCUUGUGGGAAUUAAUCCACCAUUCAUUUGGUGGACAGCAAAAAAGGGAAAAUAUACAGACACGGUUUUAAUAUUUUACAUGUGGUGUAAAUGUGUAAAAAUAAGGGUUUUCUAAUUCAUAAUGCACUUUUAAAGGUCAUAUUUUGCAGAGGAAAAGUCAUGAAAUGUUGCCCAUAACUGUCAAAAAAAACAAUUAAUUAAUUUUUUUCCAAGAUGUAACCUCUGCAACCUCUGUCUUUAUUUAAAACAAAGUAUUUAGAGAAAAUAUGAACCAGCAGUUAUUAGUCUAUUUUCUAUGUCAGUAUGAUGUUAACGUGCCGGGCUUACUGUUUACACUAAUACAGUACAUUUUAUAACGUGUAAAUAUUUGUGACCUGAAAUACAUGUGUAUGUAUGAAUGUACUGUAUAAGAAUAAAUAUUUUU